AUGCCUGCUUUACCUUUCCCUCAGAAGCAAAGAAUAGAGAAGUUGGACAAACAAUUUGGGCAUUUUCUAGAAUUGCUCAAGCAGGUGCAUGAUAAUCUACCUUUCACAGAGGUACUCUCUCAAAUGCCAACAUAUGCUAAGUUCAUGAAGGAUAUAUGGUCCAACAAGUGGAAAGCGGAAGAGAUAUCGGCUGAAGUACUAAAUUUGAAAUGUUUGAGUGAUUCAGGUGCUUCUAUCAAUCUUAUGCCCUUGUCUAUUUUCAGGGAAUUGGAGGGAAAGAUUGGAGAAAUCAGAUCUAUACCUGUGUCUUUCCAACUGGCGGAUCAGACCACAAUCAUACCUGAAGGAAUAAUGGAAGAUGUGCUAGUUCAGGUGGAUAAAUUUGUGUUCCCUAUGGAAUUAAUCAUGGUGAAUAUUAAAGAGAAUAAGGAGGUCCCUAUGAUUUUAGGGAGACUCUUCUUGGCUACUGGCAGAACUAUUCUGGACAUUCAGGAAAGGCAGCUCAUGCUAAGAGUAGGGGAAGAAAGAGUGGUAUUCAAGAUGAAGGAAGCAAUAGGUGCACCUAGAGAUAAGUUGAUGGCAUUCUCGGAUUUCAAGAUUCUGAACGGACUUGGUCCAAUCCUCGCUCGAUGA